GUCAGGGUGGCAGGUAAUAAGUGGGAGAGAAGAAUGUUUCUGUAUCUUCCUACAUUGACUGUCCUUAUUCCAUUGGUCUCUUUAGCAGGACUGUUCUACUCGGCCUCUAUGGAAGAAAACUUCCCACAGGGCUGCACAAGCACAGCCAGCCUCUGCUUUUACAGCCUGCUCUUGCCCAUUACCAUACCAGUGUAUGUGUUCUUCCACCUUUGGACUUGGAUGGGUAUUAAACUCUUUAGGCAUAAUUAAUGCAACCAGAGCCAAGAUGGUAUAUACAUUAAUAAUAAGUCUUGAGCAUCUGUCUCUGAAAGCUCAACUACAUGGAAAU